AGAGGCAGCAAUGUGCCGUAAGGUCUCUAGACUGCCGGAAAUCCAAAACAUGAAGAAGAAUAUGAAGCUGAAGAAAUCAGCUGAUGGCGACAUAUCUGAGCAGAUUCUAUGAUCUGCUUAAGGACCCAUGCAGAAGAAGAAAACAACUGUGAAAUAUCCCAGCUUAGAAAAGCAGUGUUACAAAACAAUGACAGACUUCUUGAGGAAAUGCUUUGCCAGGAAAUCUACAAGAAAGUUAUUAACUGCAGAGGUGGCUGGGGAAUCUCAGGCACACCUCUGCAUGCUGCUGUGUCCAAAGGCCACCUUAGCUGUCUACAGGUUCUGCUUGCCCAUGGGGCCCUGGUUGACUGUGUAGAUGUGAAGGCUCAGACGCCGCUCUUCGCAGCCGUGCGUGGGAAAUACCUGGAUUGUGUAUUAGCGCUCCUCGGAGCUGGUGCCAACCCCAAUGGAAACUCAUCCAACAACUGCUCCCCUGUGCUUACUGCUGCUCGCGAGGGGAACGUGGACAUCUUGAAGGAACUGCUUAAACACGGUGCUGAGGUGAACUCCCGCUCCAAAGUCUUGCUCUGGACCUCCGGUGCGAGAGUAUCCAGUGGACCGCUGUACUUGGCUGCCGUUUAUGGACACAUGGAGUGCUUCAAACUCCUGCUUCUCUACGGGGCGGACCCAGAUUAUAACUGCACUGACGCAAAGCUUCUGAGUUCUAUCAAGCAGCCCAAAACCGUGCUCGAGAUGUGCCUCAGGCAUGGAUGUGGCGUGGAGUAUAUACAGCUUUUAAUUGACUUCGGAGCUAAUGUCUACCUUCCCACACUGAUUAUCGAGAAGUCCACCAAGCAGAAUGAGGCUGUGGAGCUGCUUCUGCAGGAGAGGGGAAAUCCAAAGGCCUUGACUUCCCAGUGCCGACUUGCUGUCCGAAGAUACCUCAAAGAUAUCAAUAAGGUCCAUUGUAUCGACCAGCUGGAUAUGCCAACAAGUCUCAUUAACUUCCUGCAACAUAAGCCAGUCCCAGUCAUUGUUCUUUAGGUGAUGAAGCUGGUGGCACAUUAUGUAAAAUCAUUUUAUUUUGGGCUUUGUUUUUCCGGUAUAGAAUAUGGGCUACGUUUUUCUUUUUCAAUGUAUUUUGUAACAUCUGUCUGUUCUGUUAAGACUGAUUCUUAAUUGAAAACAUUAAAUAUGUGGAAGAGUGAUGUGUA